AGGAUUAACAAGUCAAUCAGCGAGUUCCACGAUCUCGUGAAUAUGGGCCCAACAGAGCUUCGAAACUGGCUUGAACAAGAGGAAUCGCGAAGGGCGGGUUGGGCAGGGGGCUCUGGUGAGACUAUUGGGCACGAAAGUGGCCGAAGAAUUGUUCGCAUCCUCGAGCAUAAUCCAACCGAGGAUCCAUCUGAGUACACCGAUCAAGACAUUGCUCACAUGCGUCGUGUCGUAUCAUACUGCAAGCGACAUUUAGCGCAAGAGGGGCGAACGAAGCACGACACGAAUAGUAAGAGUUAUCGAUCACUCAAAAAUUGGGGCCACGACGCGCUCAAAGAAUAG